AACGAGUAUGUGAUCAUGUUGCAUAUUGUGUUUGCUCUCUAGACAUAAAGUCAACAUGUUUUUGGCCAACGUUUCGGCUAUGAGACUUGGUGUUCUGAUUAUCACAUCUGAAUAACGUCUUCAUUUUCUCUAAAUAGGUUUAACUGUAAAGUAAUGUCAUGAUAGCAGGAGACUUAUGACUUUAUUAUAGCUUUGCACUGAUGUUUAUUUUGCUCAAUUUUGUCAGUGUUUCCACAAACCUGUGAAAAGAUUGUCUAUCAUCUGUGCAUGCUAAUUAAUCUAAGUAGCAAAAACCAUUUGCUAUUGUGCCUAUGCUGAUGUGUGUAGUGCAGCAGGCUGUGGGAUUCAGAACGAGUAGUGUGUGCUACAGUUACUGCAGUGAAGUUUGUCGCACCACUGUGUAAACAUUAUGUUUAAACAUAGAUACAUACCAAAUGAAUACUUUUGUUUUACAAAAGUCAUUAAGCAGUAGUGUUUUUUUUUUUUCUUUAUAUGGUUGUUGAAUCUACUUAUCUGCUGGGCAACUAAGAAUAAAAAAAAAGAAAAGUAGUAGCCUGGACACAAAAUCUACUUGUCUACUCCUGAUUAUGUUCCCAUGUCUUUAGGAAUGUGAGGACCUAAAGAAGGAAAACAAGUACCUAUCCAAUGAGAUUCACAUGGAGAGGAUCAUGAUGAGAACUGAGAGUGAGCUUACCAUGAGGAACCUUAGAAACCUCAACCAGGAACUACAGGCCCAAGUUAAAGAGUUAAAGCAGAAGCUGCAUCUGAGCCAGCAGAGGGCGACUUUGUGCUCCAGGGCAGCAGAGGAGGCAGACAUGUCACGAAGUGAGGCAGAAAAGAACCGGACACUAGCAGAGGCUCGGGCUCUAGAGAGCAAAAGAGAGAGAGAUACAGCAAUGGCUGACAAAGUACAACUCAGUGAAGAGCUGCACAAUUUGAGUAAAGAGCACAAAAACAUGCAGCUGCUUCUGGCACAGACUGAAAAAAAUUACUUUGAGGCCAUGUUGAAACUGGAGAGGGUGUCUGCAGAGAAACAAUUUCUCCUAGAGGAGAGCAAGGGUUUGGAGGACGAGAGGAACACACUACGGCAGAAAUUCAAAGAGCUGACUGACGAGAAUGCAAUAAUCAAAGAAAAGGAGGUCAGCUGGAGACGCAAGGCUGCUGCCGCUGAGGAGCAGAGCGAGAGAGCCAUUAAACAGCAGCAGCAGGCUGAGCAUGAGAGCAGACUGGCCAAAAGAGAGAAAGACAAAUCAGUUAGUGAGUGUCUCAGCUGGCGGGAAAAACACCAAGCUCUAGCAGACAUCUUAAGAGCACAGGAGGACCUCAUAUCACAGAGGCAGAACAAAGCAUGCCAAGCAAACAUAAAAAGCUACUUUCUUUGUAUGACUGAAAGUGACCAGAGGAUUAAGAUCCUAAAGAACUGUGAUGGAACUCCAAGAAACUUCACGGAAGGAGAUCCUGUGUAUAUUUCAACAGCUCAAGCCAGUGAUGAGGAUUCAGAAAAGAGCUCAGGAAGGACCCUUCUCAGGGUCGCAGCUCCCACAGCAGGAAGAGACUCUGGACCCACUCACUUCAGUGAACUGUCACUGAUGGGAGCAGAUCCCCAUGACAGCAGCACUCUGAGGAGAAGUAGAAAAGUGGUUGAGUACUUCUGGAUUCCCACUGACCAAGAAUAAUCCUUUAUCAUCACUGAUUUAGGGGGGGGGGAGGUAUGAAGCCAACAUGGUUACACACUACCAUGUACAUGUUGGGAUAUUACUAUUAUAAAACUGCCUUACAUAGUGUGAUAAGAUCACACCAAUGUACAAGAUCAUGCCAAUAAUUUCUGUGGCAGACAAGAUCAGUUAUAUCCACAUGCUGCAAAAUAUAUUAUACAAUUAACAUUCUCUCAUGAUGGUGAGAAUGAAGAUGACAUUCUGCUUUUUGGUGACUUUUUAUUUGGCCCGUCUUCUGUCGCCAAAAACGUCACAUGAACU